GGAGAGGGAGGGGGAGAAAGAGGGAGGGAAAGAGGGAAGGCAGGCGGAGAGCAAGCGAAAGGAGGAGAGAAAGAGAGAGGAGAGAGAGAGAGGAGGAGAAGGCGCCUCGGAGGGAAGAGAGGGAGGAGGAGGAGGAGGAGGAGGAGGAGAGCCUGGGACGCCCGGACGAAGAAAGGGGGAGAGAGAGGGAGAGAGGGAGAGAAAGAGAGAGAGGGACCCCCAACCCUGACCCACCUCUUCGUCUCGGGAAGGGAUGAAGCCGCUUCGGGACCCGCUUCGGAUCUCUCUGGAGCCUUGAAUCCGGGUUAGUUUCGAUUCGGAGACAGAGAAGGAAGGAAAGAAGGAAGGAAGGAAGGAAGGAGGGAGAGAGAGAGAGAGCCUCGCUUUGGGGGGAAACGCACCCCAAAGGGGGGCAGCCAACGACACCUUGAAGAGGAUCCGAUCCAGAGGAAAGGGCUGCUUCUUUCCCCGCGUAUUGGUCGCCCCCUUUUGUCGCUUUUCCCCGGAGGAGGAGGUGAGGCGCGUGGAUGGGUGCCCACUCGUAAGCCCGGCGGAUGCCCUGAUGCGAGACCCGGCGGGGUUCUCGGGCUCGGCCAUGGCGUACCACCCGUUCCACGCGCCCCGGCCCUCCGACUUCCCCAUGUCCGCCUUCCUGGCCGCCGCCCAGCCCUCCUUCUUCCCGGCCCUGGCCCUCCCGCCCGCCGCCGCCGCCGCCGCCGCCGCCCUGGCCAAGCCGCUGCCCGAGGCCGAAGCCGGGCUCCACGUCUCGGCCGCCGCCCUGGCCCACCACGCCCACGCCCACCACCCGCACCACCCACCCUCCGCCGCCGCUGCCCACCUGCGAGGGCUCAAGGGCCUCGAGCCCCCCGAGGAGGAGCUGGGCGCCGAGGACGACCCCAAGGUCACCCUGGAGGCCAAGGAGCUCUGGGACCAGUUCCACAAGCUGGGCACCGAGAUGGUCAUCACCAAGUCCGGCAGGCGCAUGUUCCCUCCCUUCAAAGUGCGAGUGAGCGGCCUGGACAAGAAGGCCAAGUACAUCCUGUUGAUGGACAUCGUGGCGGCCGACGACUGUCGCUACAAGUUCCACAACUCCCGCUGGAUGGUGGCCGGGAAGGCCGACCCGGAGAUGCCCAAGAGGAUGUACAUCCACCCGGACAGCCCGGCCACCGGCGAGCAGUGGAUGGCCAAGCCCGUCGCCUUCCACAAGCUCAAGCUCACCAACAACAUCUCCGACAAGCACGGCUUCACCAUCCUGAACUCCAUGCACAAGUACCAACCCCGGUUCCACAUCGUGAGGGCCAAUGACAUCCUCAAGUUACCUUACAGCACUUUCCGAACAUACGUGUUCCCAGAGACAGACUUCAUUGCGGUCACGGCCUACCAAAACGACAAGAUCACCCAGCUGAAAAUAGAUAACAACCCCUUUGCAAAGGGAUUUCGCGAUACCGGAAAUGGAAGAAGAGAAAAAAGGAAACAGUUGACGCUUCCAUCCCUGCGGAUGUAUGAAGAUCAGUGCAAACCUGACCGAGAUGGGGCCGAAUCUGAUGCGUCCUCGUGUGAACCUGCUGCGGGUCGGGACUCGCUUCACUCCCCUUUGGGCACCACAGCAUCCAGCCCCCUCCGGCUCCAUCGCAACAGCAGAGAAGACAAAGGCAGUGACCAGGAGUUGGAGAAGCUUCCAGAAGGGAAGAGACCUAGUCCCGACCCGGGUGCCUGCAGCCCGCGCAGCAGCGCCAGCCCCCGUUUGCCCGGCGAAGAGAGGAGUCAAGAGCGGGCCUCCAAGGCCAAGGAGGCCUCCAAGGAGGGCAACAGCGAGGGCUCGCUUUUCAGCCCCUUGGGUUUGGAGAAGGACAAGAUGGAGGGCAAGAGGAAAGAGCAGCCACAACCACAGCAGCCGGAAGGGUCCAAGAAAGAAGCCGCCCCCGACUGCAGGCCUCUGGGGGUCAGCAAGGAGUCCUUUUCCCCGCUCAUGGUCCAGACGGACAGCCCACCGCACCUGAGCACCGGGCAUCUGCAGAGCCUGGCCCUCUCCAGCCUCCACGGGCAGCAGUUCUUCAACCCCUUGAGCACCGGGCAGCCCUUCUUCAUCCACCCGGGACAGUUCGCCAUGGCACCGGGGGCCUUCUCCGCCAUGGGCAUGGGACACUUGUUGGCCUCCGUGGCUGGCGCCGGGGGCCUGGAAAACGGGGGUCUCUCGGCCAGCGGUCAAGCAGCCGCCGGCACCGCCACCCCUUUCCCCUUCCACCUUUCCCAGCACAUGUUGGCAUCUCAGGGAAUCCCGGUGCCUACUUUUGGUGGACUCUUCCCCUACCCGUACACUUAUAUGGCGGCUGCCGCCGCGGCUGCAUCUGCCAUGCCAGCCACCAGCGCUGCGACCGCUAGCUCUCUGUCCCGGAACCCCUUCCUGAGUAGUGCCCGUCCUCGACUCCGCUUCAGCCCCUACCAGAUCCCAGUUGCCAUCCCUCCCAGCACCAAUCUCUUAACCACUGGCCUGCCGACCAGUCUGAAUGCCGGCUCUGAAGGCUCUAAGCCCAGCAGCAGUCGGGAAUCAAGCCCUCUCUCGGAUCUCCCCCUCCCCAAAUCCAGCAGCCAACGGGCCUCCUUGUCCCCCAAGGGAUCCUUGAAGGAUUCCAUCAACGAGCUCCAAAACAUCCAAAGACUGGUCAGCGGUUUAGAAACCCAGCGAGAAGUUUCUCCUGGUCGAGAGUCGCCCAAGUGACUGCCCACGGCGAGCCCCCCGAUCAACCCCUGAAAGGGCUUCGAAGACCCCGGGCAGGAGAUUAUGUGUACAGCACAGUAUAAAUAUUUAUUUUUUAGGGAAAGGAAGAGUGGGAUCAGAGGUGGAGUGGGAAGAAGAGUGGAGAAGACCUGUGGUGGAGGCCUACAAGAACACUCCGAAGGGAACAAGGACAACAGAAGGAGUGUCUGCUGCAGUCCAAGGACAUAACCAAAGAGGGGGAACAUACGAGAUGGCACUGUUGUGAACCCCAGGUUCUGUCACACUGCAACGACCUCCAGAUAUACCAUUUUCUUGGCCUUUCUUCUUGCUGAAAGAGCCAGCUGCAUAUUCUAAGUUUUGGCCAGAAAAAAAAUCCAUUUUGGGAAAAAAAGGCUAAACUGGAAUCUCUGGUUUGCGUAACUAACAAUCUCAUGGAUGGAUGGAUGGAUGGAUGGAUGGAUGGAUGGAUGGAUCGAUGGAGUUGAAGACCAUAAUGGUGGGAGAUGGUUUAGAAGACCAUGGUGAUAAGAGAUCAUUUAGAAGGCCAUGAUGGUAGAAAGUGGUGGGGAAUUUACUUAUAAGGAAGAUCCUGGUGGUAGGAGAUGACCUGGAAGACCAUGAUGGUGAGAUAUGAUAGGGAUUCUACCUAUGAGGAAGAUCCUGAUGGCAACGGUUGAUCUUUAAAACCAUGAUGGUGGUAGAUAAUCUUGAAGACCAUGGUGGCAACAGUUGAUCUUGAUGACCAUGAUGGUGGGAGAUGAUCUUGAAGACCAUGAUGGUGGGGGAUGGUUUUGAAGACCAUAAUAGUAGGAGACGAUCUUGAAGACCAUGAUGGUGGGAGAUGAUCUUGAAGACCAUGAUGGUAGGAGACGAUCUUGAAGUCCAUGGUGGUGGGAGAUGAUCUUGAAGACCAUGAUGGCGGGAGAUGAUCUUGAAGACCAUGAUGAUGGGAGAUGAUCUUGAAGUCCAUGGUGGUGGGAGAUGAUCUUGAUGACCAUGAUGGCGGGAGAUGAUCUUGAAGUCCAUGGUGGUCGGAGAUGAUCUUGAAGACCAUGAUGGUGGGAGAUGAUCUUGAAGACCAUGAUGGUGGGAGAUGAUCUUGAAGACCGUCUUGGUAGGAGAUUAUCUGGAAGGCCACAAUGGCAGGAGAUGAUAGGAAAGUCCACCUACUUCUAAUUAUUUUGUGUGUGAGCGUGUAUGUGCAUAAAUCAACCAUCUUGGAGAAGUAAUUUGCUCUUUUCUACAUAUAAGGAUGACAUUUCCAAACAGGGAUGUUGGUUUGGGUCAUUCAUAUCUUAAAGACAAUGGAGAAAGCAUUUUGGUUUCUUUUCUUUCAACAAGGUUCAGGAUGAUUGGAUGCCAGGCAAGCAUUUUGAGGACAGUAUAUAUAUAUAUAAAUAUAAGAGGAAAGCAAAGUUUGUACUGCUAGCAGGUAUCUUCUUACUGCUCUUUGAAGGCCAUCCGGAAAACCGAAACGAAACUCGGAUAUUCAGAAUUGGUACAAUCAUUGUGACUCCCCUCGCCCCUUUCAAUCUUUUGGACUCUUACCUGUGUACUGGUUUUAAAAAAUGAAAAAGAAUAAAAAAGAAGCAUAAUAUUUAUGGAAUAAAUGGUAAUUUGUGUAAAUAAGCUAUACAAAUCCCAAGAUAUGCAAAAAUUGGUAUUAAUUUAUUUAGGGUUGUACAUUGGCGUGUACAUAAUUAGAGUUUAACUCAUCACAUUUAAUUGCUCUUUCUGUCUCUUCGUUUCAUGUGAACAUACAUCUUGUAAAAGACCUAUUUAGCUCUUUGUGAAUGGAAGAAAAUAUGGGUUUUCUUUUGACUUUGGUGUCUAAAAAAAGAAAGAAAUAAUAAUAAUUGUUUAUCCCGCCUAUACAAAGACAAUCAUGUGCCAUUUGGGGGUGAAAAAGGGAGGAGAACAUAUCAUAUCGACCAGCCUCUUCUCAAAGUUUAGAACAAUUUGAUAUCGAAUGAAUGGGUAAAAAGAAAACAUCACACCAUCUUUUACUGCGCGGGGAUGCAAGAAAGUACAGGUAUAAACCUCAGGUUUUUAUUUUUCGCUCCAGAACAAGAAGAGAAAAAAACUAAUGUGUGCGUAGGGAAGAAAACCCUGCCGCAAAUCUAUACUAAAAAUUAAAAUUAUCACUUGGACAGCGUGCUAUAUAUAUUGUUUUAAUUUUUUAAAUGACAUGAUUAGGAAUGUGCUGGUUAUUUGGGACAUCUAUCUGUUCAGGUUUUUUUUUUUUUUUGGAUGAGUUCUGUCACAUCUUUCAAUAAAAAAAAUAUUCAAAGAA